ACAUUGUGCCACCGGCGACAACACUCGGAGAGAACAAACACAUCAUUCCCAUUCUCUCAGAAUGGCUACUUUCAGGUUCCAUCAGUACCAGGUUGUCGGGAGAGGUCUCCCAACUGAAUCAGAUCCACACCCAAAGAUUUUUCGCAUGAAGCUUUGGGCUACCAAUGAAGUUCGUGCUAAGUCCAAGUUCUGGUAUUUUUUGAGGAAGCUGAAGAAGGUGAAGAAGAGCAAUGGUCAAGUUCUUGCUAUCAAUGAGAUCUUCGAGAAGAACCCAACCAAGAUUAAGAACUAUGGUAUAUGGUUGAGGUACCAGAGUAGGACUGGUUACCACAACAUGUACAAGGAGUUCCGUGAUACCACUCUUAAUGGUGCAGUUGAUCUUAUGUACAACGAGAUGGCUUCCCGCCACAGGGUCCGUUUCCCAUGCAUUCAGAUUAUCAAGACCGCCACCAUCCCAGCCAAUCUUUGCAAGAGGGAGAGCACCAAACAAUUCCACAACUCCAAGAUCAAGUUCCCAUUGGUUUUCAAGAAAAUCCGACCACCAUCCAGGAAGCUGAAGACAACAUACAAGGCCACAAAGCCAAACUUGUUUAUGUAAUGUGGUUGAGUUUUAAAGUAUCUAGGUUGUUAUCAAGCAUUUCUGUUGUUUAUCUAUUGCCAGAUUUUGCCAUAAGGAGAU